CCCAGCUCUAAACAAGCAGCUGUACUGAACCAGUAACUAACUGAGGGUCCAGUUUGUCUCGUGCUUCACUCCGCGGAGUGGCUUUCCCCUUCAGCCGCCGCGCACUGUCUGCUGUUAGGGCGCCCCAGGCGGGGAAUAACCCGCCAUGUUCGACCUAAACGGAGGCUGGAACCUGUCAUUCGCGGGGUGCGGGUUCCUGGGGAUUUACCACAUCGGAGUUGCCAGCUGUCUGCUGGAGAAAGCGCCAUACCUCGUCAGACGGGCCACCAGGCUGUACGGGGCUUCUGCCGGUGCUCUGACCGCCUCGGUGCUCGCCAGUCAGGCGUCCAUAACUAAAUGCUGUGAAGAUGUCAUUGAGGUGGCAAAAGAGGCCAGGAAGAGAAACCUGGGCCCCCUUCAUCCAUCCUUCAACUUGGUCAAGGUGAUAAAGACUGGACUGAAUCGUGAACUGGCCUCUGACGCACAUGUUCUGGCCUCGGGGCGGCUGUGUGUCUCGCUAACCAGAGUGUCUGAUGGGGAGAACGUGCUGGUGUCGGAGUUCACCUCCAAAGAGGAGCUCAUCCAGGCGCUGGUCUGUAGUUGUUUCAUUCCCAUCUACUGCGGGCUGAUUCCUCCAUCCUUCAGAGGAGUGCGUUAUGUGGAUGGCGGGAUUAGUGACAACCUGCCACAGUCGGAGCUCAAAAAUACCAUCACCAUAUCGCCCUUCUCUGGAGAGAGUGACAUCUGUCCCCGCGACAACUCCACCAGCUUCCAUGAGCUGCGCUUCACCAACACCAGCAUCCAGAUGAACCUGGGGAACAUGUACCGCCUCAGCAGAGCGCUGUUUCCACCAGAACCUAAGAUACUGGCUGAGAUGUGUCAAAGUGGUUAUAAGGAUGCGCUACGCUUCCUGGAAGAGAACAACCUCGUGAUGCUGGAGUGUCCGACGUCAGGCCCCUCCCUGCCAGAGAACCCACCCACAAGCUGCUGCCAGCACACAGAAACCACAAAAGAGUGGGUGCUUCGAAGGCUCUGGUUGCUGCGUAAACGGCACUGGUGGCUUGAUGAGCAGAUCGCUCUACCUCCGCCCAUCAAGAAAGUGUUCUGUGAGGCCUGCCAAGAAAAGACUGGCCUGUAUGCCAAGGUGUCUGAGAUGUUGCCUGUGAGAGUGGCCUCCUACAUGCUCAUGCCAUAUACACUCCCUAUGCAGUCAGCCUACUCAGUGGCCCAGAGGUUUGUGGAGUGGAUUCCAGAGGUGCCAGCUGAUGUGAGCUGGCUGGCUGGAGUGGCGGGUGAUGUUUACAGACAGGCCUGGAAAGGAGCACCAGCCAAUUCCAAAAGAGCGCCGUGCCUGAGGAAAUGCUUGAGUACACCACCUCUACCUACAGAGUGUGACAAUCCCAUCCAGAAAGACAAGCCACCGGCUCUUUCCUCCCUGGACCUCCAUGGCAGUUACUGGGAGAUCCCCAACUCUACCUCUUCUUCCUCCAAACAUCAUCCUCACACUGCCCCAUCCUCUCCACAACAAGUCUGCUUCUUCGUCGGCUUAAAGGAUGAACCUCAGAGCCAAGAACAGUAGAAUUACUCAGGAACUGCACUUUAAAAAUGACAUGGUCAAAUCUCCACUUGCACUGCAAGGACCUGGUGUAUCCAUGGGUGGUAACAAUGUAACCAAUUUGACAGCCAGUCCACACCGCACCAAGUGUAUUAUUAUAUGAAUGUGUGCUCUGGAAGAUGGCAUCUGAACAGGAUCAUGAAUGUGAUUUAUGACCUGUUUCAAUGUAUAGCACAGAAAUGUGUAUAGUUUUACUGUCUUAAUACAACCCUACCUCCCUGUUUGUUUCAAUAAUAAUCAAAUAAGCUUUUAUUUCUCAUUAUAAUACAGGUAACUGAAUCAAGAUCUCCUUGAUUUCUCACAAGUGGCUCUUUUUAUCUGUCCUCUUGUCCUUUUAAUCAUGUCUGUUGAAUUUUAAAGUUGUUUGAUAUCUCAAGGUGCCACCUGGGUGCUUUUUAGGUGACAUAAUUAAACUUGUAGCAGUCACAUUGAAGGUCUGUUGGCCUCAGUUCUUCUCAACAGAAAGGGAAGUUAUCAUUGCUCCAGAAGUGUGACCGUUUCUGUGCUCCCUAUGUGGCUUUUGCUACAGCAGGAGCCCCACCCUGCUGUCUACUGUGGUGAGAAUAUUAUCAUAACCAAUAGAAAUGGCAAAAAUAAAUAUAAUCUAGCAAUAAACUAAAGUGUCCUUUAACUGAGAUGAUAUCAAAGACCAGACAAUAGAAAUCUAUAUCUUGAAAAAAUAUAUACAAUAUUCUUGCAAGAUAAUCUAUUCCAUUUUCUAUGUGUAAAGCCAGCAACGGACCUCCAUGAUGAUGUGAGGUGGCUCCUGGGAAAUUAUUGAUGAAACCUCUGUAAAGUUAAUACUUAAACUGCCAAAAUUAAACACUGAUGCAAAGUGUGCAGAUCAAGAGAAGCUAACCAGUGUUAAUGUAAUGUCAGUGUUAUCAGAGUAUAUGGGCUAACCUUCAAUUUGUAAACCUGAUGUCUGUUAUCACUUAAAUGUACAGUUAUGUCAAUACAAUUACGUUACUCUUCUAAGGAUUAAAGAUUUUUAAACUGA